CAGCGGCAGCAUCAGCAGCGGCACCCGCGGCAUCGGCGGCAGCAUCGGCAGCAUCUGCAGCGCGGCCCCGGCAGCGGCCCCGCAGUCCUCCCUCCGGGCCGAGCUGGAGCCCGUCCUGGAGCCCGAGCAGCCCGAGCCCAGGCCCGGCCAUGCAGCCCUGGGGCGAGCGCGCGGCGGGCAGGACGCAGAGCCCCGAGCACAGCAGCCCGGGCCCCCCCCAGCCGGGGCCCGGCCCCAGCCCGGGCCCCCCCGAGGCGGUACUCAAUGCCGAUGCCGCGCCUCGUCCCCACAGUGAGGCGGCCCCUGAGAGAGCGCGUCCCCGGCCAGCGCGAGGCCCCGGGGGCGCCAUGGAGGGCGCGAUGCAACUCCUGACCCGAGAAGGCCACAGCAUCGCCCACAACUCCAAGCGGCACUACCACGACGCCUUCGUGUGCAUGAGCCGCAUGCGGCAGCGGGGCCUGCUGUGUGACAUCGUCCUGCAUGUGGGCACCAAGGAGAUCAAGGCCCACAAGGUGGUGCUGGCCUCCUGCAGCCCUUACUUCCACGCCAUGUUUACAAAUGAGAUGAGUGAGAGCCGCCAAACGCAUGUCACGCUGCAUGACAUCGACCCCCAGGCACUGGAGCAGCUGGUCCAGUUUGCGUACACGGCUGAGAUUGUCGUGGGGGAGGGCAACGUGCAGACACUGCUUCCUGCUGCAAGCCUCCUGCAGCUGAAUGGUGUGAGGGAUGCCUGCUGUAAGUUCCUGCUGAGCCAACUGGACCCUUCCAACUGCCUGGGCAUCCGGGGUUUUGCUGAUACCCACUCCUGCAGUGAUCUCCUCAAGGCCGCGCACAAGUAUGUCCUGCAGCAUUUUGUGGAGGUCGCCCGGACGGAGGAAUUCAUGCUUCUGCCACUGAAGCAGGUGCUGGACCUCAUUUCCAGUGACAGCCUCAACGUACCAUCAGAGGAAGAUGUUUAUCGAGCUGUCCUGAGCUGGGUGAAACACGAUGUGGAUGGACGCAGGCAGCACGUGCCCCGGCUGAUGAAGUGUGUUCGGCUGCCACUGCUGAGCCGAGACUUCCUGCUGGGCCACGUGGAUGCUGAAGGCCUGGUCCGCCACCACCCCGACUGCAAGGACUUGCUGAUUGAGGCGCUCAAGUUCCACCUCCUACCAGAGCAGCGGGGUGUCCUGGGCACCAGCCGCACUCGACCCCGGCGCUGUGAGGGCGCUGGCCCUGUGCUCUUUGCGGUGGGUGGCGGGAGCCUGUUUGCCAUCCAUGGUGACUGUGAGGCAUAUGACACACGGACAGAUCGAUGGCACAUGGUGGCUUCUAUGUCCACACGCCGGGCUCGAGUGGGUGUGGCUGCCAUUGGGAACCGGCUGUAUGCUGUGGGCGGCUAUGAUGGGACGUCUGAUCUGGCCACCGUGGAGUCCUAUGACCCUGUCGCCAAUGUCUGGCAGCCUGAAGUUUCCAUGGGGACCCGGCGCAGCUGUCUGGGUGUGGCAGCUCUCCACGGGCUCCUGUAUGCUGCUGGUGGCUAUGACGGGGCCUCCUGCCUCAACAGCGCUGAGCGGUAUGAUCCUUUGACGGGCACCUGGACCUCCAUAGCAGCCAUGAGCACGAGGAGGAGAUACGUCCGUGUGGCCACGCUCGAUGGGAAUCUCUAUGCUGUGGGCGGCUACGACAGCUCCUCCCACCUGGCUACUGUGGAGAAAUAUGAGCCACAGGUGAACACGUGGACGCCAAUCGCCACCAUGCUGAGCAGACGCAGCUCGGCAGGGGUGGCGGUGUUGGAGGGUGCUCUCUAUGUGGCUGGGGGCAAUGAUGGCACCAGCUGCCUCAACUCAGUGGAGAGAUACAGCCCCAAGGCCAAUGCGUGGGAGAGCGUGGCGCCCAUGAACAUCCGCAGGAGUACCCACGACCUUGUGGCCAUGGAUGGGUGGCUGUAUGCAGUCGGUGGCAAUGACGGGAGCUCUAGCCUGAACUCCAUUGAAAAGUAUAACCCGCGUACCAACAAGUGGGUAGCGGCCUCCUGCAUGUUCACCCGUCGGAGCAGCGUGGGGGUGGCUGUCCUUGAGCUGCUCAACUUCCCACCCCCCUCCUCGCCUACACUCUCGGUGUCCUCCACCAGUCUCUGACCCUCAGGGAGACCAGGAGCAGGCCCCGAGCUCUAGACAGCCGGACAGUGAUGGGGCCCUGGAUGGGAGAAGCGGAGACCCCCAGCAAGAGACCGACACCUCCAUCCCCAGGGCACGGAGGCCUUGGGCAGGGAUGGCUGCCCUCCCCGCUGGGCCUCUUGCAGAUGCCUUAAUGCUCCCCCCAUCCCAGGAAGGGAGGAGGAGGGGGCAACUCCUGCCAUGGAGGUCUCUGAGCUACAGAGACUCAGGGCCCUGGCUCUCCCCUUCCUCCCCACCCUGCUCUGAGGCCUGGGGCCUUGGUCUCCCUUCACCCAGCACAUGGCCCUGAGGCCCAGAGCACUGUCUGCGUCUGCCUAUGUUUGUCUAUUUAUGUAUUUAUUAUUAUUUAUGAAACAUCCCACGGCCACCUCCCACCCCACUUUUAUAUUCUUGUUCUCUCUGGGGCAUUUGUGAAAGUCGAGUUUCCUUUGGGAACCAAGCCCCAGGCCUAGUGCCCCCCCAUGAAUUCCUGAGGAUGGAGAUUAAUAGAGAGAACCAAGGACAGACUGAGCCCUACCAGGACUGACAGACUCUGAAGGAGAGACCCAGACCCACUUGACUUGAUAGAAAUGUCUAAGGAAGGACGGGCACGAUGCGGGAAAGACUCUCAGUCGUCUGACAUACGAUAAAGGUAAGGCCGACUUGGCCAACACAGGGGGAAAGCCGGCAGGCUUUUUCAACAGAGACCCUGGAGGGCAGUCGAACUGACUGAGGGAGAGAUGCUUGGUGGGUCCAAAGGCUCUCCUGGCAUGGGCCUGGCAAGGGGGCUGUGCUGGUGAACCCUGGACGAUUCAUUCCUCUGUCUUGUUUCUGUGAAGAGUCGUCUGUUUCCUUGAAUUAUGCACUGAGCUGGACACACGCACACAGAUACCCGUGCAUAGGCAGGCAUACACAUGUGGACGUAGCCACCAACAUACAUGCCUUCAUGCACAUCAACACACAGCAAUAUGAACCUAUCUGACCAAUAAAAAAGUUCUUGU